CACAAAAUCAUCCCGGAAGGUGAGAGGGGGCGUCUCUGUUGGGUGCUGUGGAAGCGACAUUAUGCUGCCUUUGGCGUUAUUUUAUGUUUAGGGCAUUACAUUAGAACAUAGCGACUCCCGCUGACCUUCGUGUAUUUGACAGCGCCGUGCACUGAACGUGAAAAAUAGAUUUGUCUAUAUCUGUGUUUCUUGACGUGGGCGCUAACUUCACUUUUUCCAUUUAUCCAUUGAAGUCACGGCUAUGAGAUCAGGAUCGAAGAUGCAAGUGGAUUAUUUGUGAAGAGCGAGCUCUACUCACGUGCCAUGUCUCUGGUUUUUCCACGGCCCAACACCAACGCAGUCCACAGCAAGAAGGAUAAGAGACUAAUGGCGGAAGUGAAUGCAUCGCCGCUCAAGCAUUUUGUCACCGCGAAGAAGAAGAUUAAUGGGAUCUUUGAACAGUUAGGAGCCUAUAUUAAGGAGAGUACAUCAUUUCUGGAAGAUGCUCACAAAAAUGAAGAACUGGAUCCAGUCACUACGGAAGAACAGGUGCAGGAAGUUCGAAGUUACCUCACCAAGGUAGCAGGCAUUGGAGAAGUACUAGCGCGAAGGCAUAUGAAGGUGGUGUUCUUUGGGAGGACCAGUAAUGGGAAAAGCUCGGUCAUCAAUGCCAUGCUGUGUGACAAAGUGCUGCCUUCUGGCAUUGGCCACACCACAAACUGUUUCCUGAGGGUGGAGGGAACGGAUGGCAAUGAGGCUUUCAUUCUGACUGAAGGCUCUGAGGAGAGGAAGAGCAUUAAGACGGUCAACCAACUGGCCCAUGCGCUCCACCAGGAUGAGGACCUGGAGGCUGGGAGCUUGGUCUGUGUCAUGUGGCCUAAAGCCAAGUGUGCUUUGCUCAGGGAUGAUCUGGUCUUGUUGGACAGUCCAGGUAUUGACGUGACCACAGAACUCGACAGCUGGAUCGACAAAUUCUGCUUGGAUGCAGAUGUGUUUGUCCUUGUGGCAAACUCUGAGUCGACGCUGAUGCAGACGGAGAAGUCGUUUUUCCACAAAGUCAAUGAACGACUUUCCAGUCCGAACAUCUUCAUACUUAAUAACCGUUGGGAUGCCUCAGCCUCGGAGCCUGAAUACAUGGAUGAGGUGCGGAGACAACAUAUGGAUCGCUGUACCAAUUUCCUCGUGCAUGAGUUAGGUGUUGUGGACCAAGCUCAGGCCAGCGACCGCAUCUUCUUCGUCUCUGCCAAGGAGGUUCUCCAGGCACGCGUGCAGAAAGCUCAAGGAAUGCCUGAAACAGGUGGGGCACUUGCUGAGGGGUUUCAAGCUCGAAUGUUUGAGUUUCAGAACUUUGAGAGGCGAUUUGAGGAGUGCAUCUCUCAGUCAGCGGUGAAGACAAAGUUUGAGCAGCAUACCGUGCGGGCCAAGCAGAUCUCUGAAGCUUUGCGCCACAUCAUGGAUGCUGUACACAUUGCUGCACAAGAGCAGAGGGUCUACUGUAUUGAGACCAAAGAGGACCGUCAGGACCGACUGGAGUUUAUAGACAAGCAGUUGGACCUGCUGACUAUGGACUGUAAGGCCAGGAUCAAGAAAAUCACAGAAGAGGUGGAGAGACAGGUUUCUAAUUGCAUGGCGGAAGAAAUCAGGAAGCUCCAUGUGUUGGUGGAUGAUUUUCACAUGGACUUCCACCCAUCACAAGUGGUUCUCAAGGUCUACAAGAAAGAGCUCCACCGCCACAUAGAAGAGUGUCUGGGCAAGAACAUGUCAGAGAGGUGCUCCACCACAAUCACCACCGCUCUUCAGACCACACAGGCAGAUAUGAUUGAAGGUCUGAAGCCUCUUCUACCCAACCCAGCCAGAGAGCAGGUGGACAAGCUGGUUCCUCGCCAGUGUUUCAGUCUUAGUUAUGACCUGGCUUGUGACAAGCUUUGCAGUGACUUCCAGGAAGAUAUCAGCUUUCACUUCUCUUUGGGCUGGACAAUGUUGGUGAACCGCUUUUUGGGGCCCAAGAACACUCGACGAGCCCUCAUGGGCUACAGUGACCAGAUCCCUCGAACUUUGGCACUUACUCCUGUCAGCGCCAGCAUGCCUCCAUUCCCACAAAACUCCAUGACCCAGGAAGAGCUGAUGGUCUCCAUGGUGACCGGACUUGCCUCCCUCACCUCCCGGACCUCCAUGGGUGUGCUUGUAGUUGGUGGUGUGAUCUGGAAGGCUGUGGGCUGGCGGCUGAUUGCUCUUUCUGUGGGUCUCUACGGGCUCCUCUUUAUCUAUGAGCGUGUCACAUGGACGACAAAGGCCAAAGAGCGUGCAUUCAAGAGACAGUUUGUCGACUACGCCAGUGAGAAGUUGCAGCUCAUCGUCAGCUACACUGGAUCCAACUGCAGUCACCAAGUCCAGCAAGAGUUGGCUGGGGUGUUUGCUCAGCUCUGCCAGCAGGUAGACGUGACUCGGCAGAAUCUUGAAGAUGAGAUCACUGAUAUGAACGGCAAGAUCGAGCUGCUGGACGCCAUGCAGAGCAAAGCUAAGCUGCUACGGAACAAGGCGGGCUGGCUGGACAGUGAGCUCAACAUGUUCACCCAGCAGUACCUUCACCAAAGCAAGUGAAAGUGACACUGCAGCCAUUCGAGAAAGUGGACAACAGAAUCCGGGAAAAUUUGGGCAUACAGUAUCUAAUAAUUGUUUAUUUUCCUCUUUGUCUCUGUAUGUAACGAUGGUUGGCAAUCUGAUUAUUUAUUGAGAUAUACAGUGCAUCAGAACCACUAAAAUGGCAUUGUGAAUAUGAAAAGAGUUGCAGUUGGCAAAUGUGAUGCUGUUUUUUUCCCCCCUCUGUAAAUACGUGUUGAGAAACAUGCACAUAAGUUAUUUGAAGAGUUGUAACUGCAGCUUGGAACACCACCGGAAGUCGUCCAAAAUGUAAAUAAUGAGACAGAGUGAGGAAAAUUAAACCUGUUGAAUUCUGUGAGGGAAGAAAACACAAAGAAAAGGGUGCCCUGUGUCAUCAGACAUGGACCACACAAGUCACAAGAAAAAUUGGCAAGUAAAUAUCAAUGACAUAAGAAGGAUUUUUUUCCCCCUUUACUGGUCGUCAUCAUUAAUUGAAAAUGUAGAAUAAUCCUGAAUGCUCAUGACCUCUGCUAUGCUUACUUUGGUCUGAACGAAGACGUUUAAGUCAAAUCAAUAUAUUUGUCUCAACGACCACCUGAAAGUGAUUUAAUCCGGAUUGUGAUUUAAUUUUUCAGAUUCAAUGAGCUUUUGACCUUUUGAAAUGAAAUGAGGAAUUUUAGACUAUUCACCUUUUACACUUGAAUUUGGGUUCUUAUGAGAAGUCUGACAUAAAUAAGCCUAACAUUCAAACACAACAACUAACGUGUCAAGAAUGCAAAUAAAUAGCGGAACAUCAACUUUCCUGUUUUUUUUCUUCAACAGUAAAUGAGAAAAUUCAUGGAUUAUAAUUAGAAUUGCAUUUUAGCAUUAAAAAUAUAAUUCAUCUAGUUUGAAGAGCUUCUCUGUGUGAACCAUUACGGAAGCAUAAAAAAUGAUUUAGGCAAUUACCAAAGCUGUCAAUUUAUAGCAGCCGUGGAAACAAAUUUGACCACUAAGUGUAGUGGUCUAAUCAAUUUGUUGAGCACUGUACCUAUUUCCCACUGACUUUUUCCUCUGACCUCACAAUUGAAAUGCAAUGUUAACGUAAAAAGAAUCAUGUCGCGCUCGAGUGACAAGGCAACAGCUUUUCCCACUUUUCACAAGUCUGUCUUUAUGCCAAGUUGGUUGGACAGCGGACAGAUAGGAUGUUUUUCUGCUCUGCUUGCGUAUUGGUCUUCCCCACUGGAUUCUUAGAAAUGGGAAUUGUUUUGGUUUUGUGUGUAUAUAUAUCAAUAUUUAAAAGUAUGGUGUAUUCCUUCUCUUGUAUGUAAACAUGAAACGAUACGGCACAUAUCUGGAGGGUUUUGUUCACAAUUAAAGAAAUGCCACUAUGA